AUGGACACUGGUACAACGUCAGUAACGCUUGCGAGCACGACAACUUUCCCAGGGUCCGUUGUGGCCCCACCAUCAAGAUUAAGAUAUACUGUUGUUGAUCAUGACAGUAUUCAGAUUUCAUGGAAAGCCCCUAAAGGGCAAUUGGAUGGAUAUAAACUCCUCGUCACUCCAAAUGCAGGUGGGAAAACCAAUGAGCUCACUCUUCAAAACAAUGCAAACAAAGCAAUUAUUCAAGGUCUUAUCCCUGAUCAGAGCUAUACGGUUCAGAUAGUUGCAUUUGCAAAGGACCAAGAAAGCAAGGCAGCUCAAGGCCAGUUCCGAAUUAAAGACAUCGAGAAAAAAAAGGAAACUUCAGGCAAACCCAAAGUCAAGGAUGUAGGUAAAUGGAAACCCUCCAUUCCAACAGAGGAUUCAGAAAGUACAGCAUCUCCAAAAGCAGAAGAAAACCAAUUUAAAUGCAAAAGUCCCGCCAUUUCAGACAUAGUGAUCCUAGUCGACGGUUCUUGGAGUAUUGGCAGAUACAACUUCAGGCUCGUGCGUCUUUUCCUGGAGAAUUUGGUGGCUGCCUUCAAUGUGGGUUCUGAAAAAACAAGAAUAGGUCUUGCACAAUACAGCGGCGACCCACGGAUAGAAUGGCAUUUGAAUGCUCAUAGCACAAAAGAUGCUGUUUUAGAUGCAGUGCGUAACCUGCCUUAUAAGGGUGGAAACACCUUAACAGGCCUUGCCUUGACUUUUAUCUUGGAAAACAACUUCAAACCUGAAGCAGGUGCAAGACCUGGGGUCCCCAAAAUUGGUAUAUUGAUCACAGAUGGGAAAUCCCAAGAUGAUGUCAUCCCACCUGCAAAAAACCUGAGAGAUGCUGGCAUUGAAUUGUUUGCUAUUGGUGUAAAGAAUGCAGAUGAAAACGAACUGACGGAGAUUGCCUCUGAACCAGACAGCACUCAUGUCUACAACGUUGCUGACUUCAGCUUCAUGAACUCCAUUGUGGAAGGACUUACAAAGACUGUGUGCUCAAGAGUCGAAGAACAGGAAAAAGAAAUCAAAGGAACGUUGGUGGCCACGCUUGGGGCUCCUACAGAUUUGAUCACAUCCGAAGUGACAGCCAGAGGUUUCCGUGUGAGUUGGACUCAUGCACCUGGCAAAGUGGAAAAAUACAGGGUUGUCUACUAUCCCACUAGAGGUGGGCAGCCAGAGGAGGUGGUGGUGGACGGCAGUGUUUCAACGGCUGUACUGAAAAACCUGAUGUCUAUAACUGAAUACCAGAUAGCUGUUUUUGCUAUAUAUAUUAGCUCUGCCAGUGAAGGCCUCCGGGGUACAGAAACUACACUUGCUUUGCCAAUGGCAUCCGAGCUGGAGCUGUAUGAUGUAUCGCACAGCAGCAUGAGAGCAAAGUGGAACGGAGUAGCGGGUGCAACUGGCUAUAUGAUCCUGUAUGCUCCUCUAACCGAUGGGCUAGCAGCAGAUGAAAAGGAGAUGAAAAUUGGAGAAAGCUCAACCGAUAUGGAACUGGAGGGUCUGCUGCCCAAUACAGAAUACACGGUCACGGUUUAUGCAAUGUUUGGAGAAGAAGCCAGCGAUCCCCUUACUGGACAAGAAACAACACUGCCUUUAAGUCCACCUCAAAACCUGAAGUUUUCAAAUGUUGGACACAGCUCAGCUAAGAUAACAUGGGAUCCGGCUUCCAAAAAAGUGAAAGGCUAUCGUAUUAUGUAUGUUAAGACAGAUGGAACAGAAACCAAUGAGGAAGAGGUUGGUCAUGUUUCAACCCACACUCUGAAGAGUCUGACUUCUCUCACAGAAUAUACCAUUGCUAUUUUCUCCAUUUAUGAUGAGGGCCAGUCUGAGCCACUCACUGGCAGCUUUACCACAAAAAAAGUUCCAUCACCUCAGUAUUUGGAAAUACAUGAAGUAUCUACAGAAAGUUUUAGAGUCAGCUGGAAGCCACCAUCUUCUGACGUAGCCCUUUAUCGGCUAGCAUGGAUUCCACUGGGUGGGGAAGAAGCUGAAGAGAUUGUUUUAAGUGGAGAUCUGGACACUCACGAGAUCGAAGGCUUGCUACCUGGUACAGAGUAUGAGGUGUCCUUGGUGGCCAUCUUUGAUGAUGAAAGUGAAAGUGAUGUUGUUGCUGUUCUUGGGACCACAAUUGAAAUGUCAACUACUGAAUUGACCACUCCAACCACUACUAGUACCACCACUUCCCGGCCUACAACAGCAGUCUUUCGAACAGGAAUAAGGAAUCUGGUUGUAGAUGAGGAAACUACCUCAAGCUUAAGGGUAAAAUGGGACAUUACAGACUACAACGUUCGUCGAUUCAGAGUGACGUACCUCGCUGCCCGUGGUGAUCGUGAUGAGGAGGUGGUAAUGGUCCCCGCAAGGCAAAACAAUUUGCUUCUUCAGCCGUUGCUUUCAGACACUGAAUAUAAAGUUAUGGUCACUCCUAUCUAUGCUGAUGGGGAUGGUGUCAGUUUAUCAGUUCCAGGAAAAACCUUGCCCCUGUUUGCUCCACAGAACCUGAGAGUCUCUGAAGAGUGGUACAACAGAUUGCGGAUUAGCUGGGAUGCCCCUCCAUCACCCACAAUGGGAUACAGGAUAGUAUAUAAACCUGUGAACAUCCCUGGGCCAGCGCUUGAGACCUUUGUGGGGGACGAUAUCAACACUAUCCUUAUUUUAAAUUUGCUUAGUGGAACUGAAUACAGUGUUAAAGUAUUUGCUUCAUACUCAACGGGAUUCAGCGAUGCCUUAGCGGGUGUAGCCAAAACAUUGUACUUGGGAGUGACAAAUCUGGGAGCCUAUCAAGUCCGCAUGACAAGUAUAUGUGUUCAGUGGCAACUUCACCGGCAUGCAACUGCCUACAGGAUAGUGAUUGAAUCUCUGGUUGAUGGGACAAAGGGAGAAGUACUACUUGGUGGAGGUACUCCUAGACACUGCUUCUUUGAGCUCAUUCCUGGUACAGAAUAUAAAAUCAGCAUUUAUACACAGCUUCAAGAAAUAGAGGGGUCUGGAGUUAGCAUAAUGGAGACAACAUUGCCAUUCCCAACUCAACCUCCACCAACUCCUUCAACCACCACUCCACAACCUACAAUUCCUCCUGCAAAGGAAGUUUGCAAAGCUGCAAAGGCAGACCUUGUGUUUUUGGUGGACGGGUCAUGGAGCAUUGGAGAUGACAAUUUCAACAAAAUAAUCAGCUUUCUGUACAGCACUGUUGGAGCUCUUGAUAAGAUUGGCCCUGAUGGAACUCAAGUGGCAAUUGCUCAGUUCAGUGAUGAUCCCAGGACAGAAUUUAAACUGAAUGCCUACAGAACGAAAGAAACUCUUCUGGAGGCCAUCCAACAAAUUGCAUACAAAGGAGGAAAUACCAAAACAGGCAGAGCGAUUAAGCAUGCUCAGCAGGCCUUAUUUACUAUUGAUUCUGGGACCAGAAAGGGAAUCCCAAAAGUUUUGGUGGUGAUCACAGAUGGGCGAUCGCAGGACGAUGUGAACAAAGUCUCCAGAGAGAUGCAGCUAGAUGGCUUCAGUAUAUUUGCUAUUGGAGUAGCAGAUGCCGACUAUGCAGAACUGGUUAACAUUGGCAGCAAGCCUAGUGAACGGCAUGUCUUCUUUGUGGACGACUUUGAUGCCUUUAAGAAGAUUGAAGAUGAACUGAUCACUUUCGUCUGUGAAACGGCAUCAGCAACUUGCCCACUGGUUUAUAAAGAUGGCAACAGCCUAGCAGGAUUUAAAAUGAUGGAGAUGUUUGGUUUGGUUGAAAAGGAGUUUGCAACAGUGGAAGGGGUUUCAAUGGAGCCUGGAACUUUUAAUGCCUAUUCCUGUUACAGACUACGUAAAGAUGCCCUGGUUUCCCAGCCGACCAAAUAUUUACACCCAGAGGGGCUUCCUUCAGACUACACCAUUACCUUCCUCUUUCGUAUACUCCCUGAAACACCCGAGGAACCAUUUGCCCUCUGGGAGAUUCUAAAUGAAGAAUAUGAGCCCCUGGUUGGAGUUAUUUUGGACAACGGUGGCAAAACCUUGACUUUCUUCAAUUAUGACUACAAAGGUGAAUUCCAGACAGUUACUUUUGAAGGACCUGAUAUAAAAAAAAUAUUUUAUGGAAGCUUCCAUAAGUUGCAUGUUGUCAUCAGCAAAACUACUGCCAAAGUGGUGAUUGACUGCAAACAAGUGAGUGAGAAGAUGAUCAGUGCAGCAGGCAAUAUUACUUCUGAUGGGAUAGAAGUGCUGGGGAGAAUGGUUCGAUCAAGAGGACCAAGGGACAACUCUGCACCAUUCCAGUUGCAGAUGUUUGAUAUCGUUUGUACCACUUCAUGGGCCAAUAGAGAUAAAUGCUGUGAACUUCCAGCUUUGAGAGAUGAAGAAAGCUGCCCUGCCCUUCCUCAUUCUUGCUCCUGUUCUGAAGUCAGCAAGGGAGCUCAUGGACCACCUGGACCACCAGGUGGUCCCGGUCUCCGAGGUCCAAAGGGUAACCGUGGUGAUCAUGGUCCAAAGGGACCAGAUGGCCCUCGUGGUGAAAUUGGCGUUCCUGGUCCUCAAGGCCCCCCUGGGCCCCAGGGCCCCAGUGGACUUUCCAUCCAAGGACUCCCGGGAACAACUGGUGAAAAAGGAGAAAAGGGAGAAACUGGCCGUUCUGGCCUACAGGGUGUCCCAGGAUCAUCUGGGUCGCCAGGGCGGGAUGGAAACCAAGGCCAAAGGGGCCUGCCAGGCAAAGAUGGGCCCACUGGACCUCAAGGACCCCCAGGGCCUGUGGGAAUACCUGGAGCUCCAGGUGUGCCAGGAGUUAUGGGUAAUAUUGGGCCACAAGGUGAUGCUGGGCCACCUGGACUUCCUGGAGCAAAAGGCGAGAGGGGUGAACGUGGAGACCUUCAGUCACAUGCAAUGGUACGGGCAGUGGCUCGCCAGGUGUGCGAACAGCUUAUCCAGGGUCAUCUCGCCAGAUAUAACUCAAUCUUAAAUCAGAUUCCAAGCCAGUCUGUUUCAACACGAACUGUUCCCGGACCCCCUGGUGAACCAGGACGGCAAGGACUACCUGGACCACAGGGAGAACAAGGAUCUCCUGGAAGGCCAGGAUUUCCAGGCAGCCCCGGCCAGUCCGGAAGACCCGGUGAAAGAGGUUUAUCAGGAGAGAAGGGAGAGCGAGGUAACCCAGGUGUUGGAACGCAAGGCCCUCGAGGGCCCCCGGGAUCAGCAGGACCUCCGGGUGAAAGUCGAACUGGCAGCCCUGGCCCUCCAGGUCCACCAGGUCCAAGAGGAUCAGCUGGUCACACAGGUGUUCCUGGGCCACAGGGUGCAUCAGGACAGCCCGGUUACUGUGAUCCUUCUUCCUGUGCUGGUUAUGGAACAGGUGGUGGAUACGGGGACCCAACUGAUCAAGAUAUCCCUGUCGUGCCAUUGCCUCAUAACUCCUACCAGCUCUAUGACCCUGAGGAGCUUUAUGAUGAUGAGCAACAGCCCUAUCUAGUCCAUGGGUCCUACCCUCAUCCUCAGUCCUCGUACCCAGACCCUCAUCUUGCUCAACCAGAGUUCACACCUGUCCGAGAAGAGAUGGAAGCUGUUGAGCUCAGAUCUCCCGGAAUAAGUCGCUUUACUAGUAGAAUCUCCAAAAGAAGCAUCAGCUCUCCGAUACGGAAGCGGGUGAUUAAGAAAACCUCGUAACGAACUUAUUUCUUUUUUCUUUGUGUGCAUUAUAUUACAUGAUUUUUAAGGCUUCUGUCCAACUGCCUAAAUAGUGUCAUGGAAAUUGUUUACAGGCUUAUAUGUUAAAGGGGGAAAAAUACAUUGUACAUGACCACUUUGGCCAAACAGGAAAGAAGAAAAAAGCUAAUUAUGUUGCAUGCCAAAAGUUAUUAGCAUUAUAGUGAAAACUCCAAGGGACAUUUUUGUAGAUCUUUGUAGUUAUUUUAUGAGUAUGGUUCAGUGCACAUUUCAAAACACUGCAUGAUCAGCUGAUAUAUUUGAACAAACUCAAGGAGAGUUCAGGAAUAUCUUGCUUUCUGAAUUUUUCUGUUUAAAUUUUGAUUGCGUGCCUUCCUUACAAAUUAAAGUCAACUGUGUUGGUUGCACUUAAAAAACAUCCUUUUUGAAGAUUUAUAUGAAGUGGGAUUGUCUUCCCACAGUAUUCCUAUUAAAUACCUAUUAGAAACACACCAAUAAUUUAUUAUGGAUCUAUUACUACUCUGUUUUGUAUGCAA